GCUCCUUCUCUUUUUCCCGCUGAAUCCAACUCCAAAGCUCCAAAUUCCAUUGAGCUCUCCAUGCCGGCGCUAUAAAAUCCCGCCGCUGUCCAUUACACUCUCUUUGACAGUCCCCCUAAAGAGCCACACGACACCUUCCAGUAAUGGAUCUCCCCUUAAUUAUAGGCCUUCUCUCUGCCGCCUUACUCUUCCCUUUAGCUCUCGUUUCCUUCGCCUACAUCAGGUUGAUCUGCAGGCGCAACGCACCCUCUCGCGGCGGCCGCGAGAGCCCGACCGACCCGGAGCUGGGCAAGGAGCCUGAGGCGGCCAAGGGCGAUGGCGACGUCGCCCUUCGCCGGUUCCGGUGGGCGGAGGUCGAGUCGCUCACUGGCAACUUCGCUCCCGCCGCCGUGAUCGGCGAGGGCGGCUUCAGCACCGUCUACCUCGCUUGUCUCGCCCCCGACGCGUCCCCGGCUGCCUUCAAGCUCCAACGCCCCAGCGAGCGCCUCCACCGCGCCUUCCGACAGGAGCUCGACGUUCUCAUCCGUCUCCGUCACCCCUACAUCGUCCGGCUUCUUGGCUACUGCGACGACCGCGAAGGAGGAGUUCUGGUGUUCGAGUACGUACCGAACGGGAGUCUCCACGAGAAGCUUCAUGGCGAUGGUGGCGGCGCAGUGCUGCCGUGGGCGCGGCGUAUGGCAAUCGCCUACCAGCUCGCCCAGGCCCUCGACUAUCUGCACGACGGAUGCGAUCUCCAGAUCGUGCACGGAGACGUCAAGGCGUCGAAUGUGCUCCUGGACGAGCGGCUCGAGCCCAAGCUGUGCGACUUCGGAUCCACCCGGGUGGGCUUCUCCGCCGCGGUCCUGCCGCGGGCCGCUCACCCGAUGCUAGGCUCGCCCGGCUACGUCGACCCGCACUACCUCCGGUCCGGCACGGUCUCCAAGAAGAACGACAUCUACAGCUUCGGCGUGCUGCUCCUGGAGCUGAUCACCGGCUCGGAGGCGUUCGACUCGGCGGCGGAGCGGAUGCUGACGGCCGCGGUGGGCCCGGCGCUGCGGGACCCGUGUGCCAGGGCGGGGGAGCUCGUGGACCGCAGGCUGGCCAGGGCGUACGACGCGGCUGAGGUUGCCGCGGCGGCGUCGAUGGCAGCGGCGUGCGUCGGGGACAACCCCAGCCUUCGGCCGUCCAUGGCGGAGGUGGUGAGGCUCCUGGCCCAGGGGGCGUCAUCCUCGAUCUCCGCCGUCAGUUUGGCAUCGGACGGCAAGGCGGAUGUAUAAUCCCAAGUACUUUUUCAACCAAUAAUAUUCAACCCGCUUCAUCCA